AUGUCGGAACCCUGGAACUACACCUAUAUUUCGCCUCUAGAAGGCUAUCAAGGCCUCGAGCCGCUGCCAAAUGAGAGAGCAGAAGAUGGUAAAUCCUUCAUCAACCCGCCUGCGGAGAAGAAAAGCGAAGCCUACACCAAGUUCACGUCACCCAUCAUGAACAGCAUACGCGGGGGCUUCGAGUAUGUUUAG